AUGAAAUUGGGAUCAUGGAACGUUAGAACUUUAAACACACCGGUUGCAUUGCAAUAUGUUUUAGAUACAGUUAAAUCAUAUAAAAUACAAUUAUUAGCCUUACAAGAAGUAAGAUGGCCUAAUAAAGAAAAUAUGACAUUAUUCUACAGUGGAACAGAUAAUGGCGCAAAAGAAAAUGGAGUAGUAAUAUCUUGUUAUGGUCCUACUGAAGAAAAAGAAGAUGAAAAAAAAGACAAAUUUUAUGAGGAACUGGAAGAAGUGUCUGACAGACUACCAAAACGUAGUAUCAAAAUAUUUUUAGGCGAUUUUAAUGCUAAAAUUUGCUGA